AUGAGCGUAGGACGAAUCAACCGCUACAGCAUUGUGUCAUCUGAAGAAGAGGGCCUCCGCCUCACUACCAUGCAUGGUAUGAAUGGCUUUGGAAACGGAAAGAUCCACACACGCCGCAAGUGCCGCAACCGCUUUGUGAAAAAGAAUGGGCAGUGCAAUGUGCAGUUUGCCAAUAUGGACGACAAGUCGCAGCGCUACAUGGCCGACAUCUUUACAACGUGCGUUGAUAUCCGCUGGCGAUGGAUGCUAGUAGUCUUUACUCUUGUGUUUGUUGUCUCCUGGCUGGCCUUUGGCCUAGCCUUUUGGGUUAUAGCUUUGCUGCAUGGCGAUCUGGAUAACCCAGCCGGAGAUGACAACUUCACUCCAUGUGUUCUACAGGUCAAUGGAUUUGUGGCUGCCUUUUUAUUCUCCAUUGAAACGCAGUCUACCAUAGGUUAUGGCUACCGCUGUGUGACUGAGGAGUGCCCAGUGGCAGUCUUCAUGGUGGUCUUUCAGUCUAUAGUGGGCUGCAUCAUUGACUGCUUCAUGAUUGGCGCCAUCAUGGCCAAGAUGGCAAGGCCUAAGAAGCGAGCACAAACCCUUUUGUUUAGCCACAAUGCCGUCAUUGCCAUGCGGGACGGAAAGCUGUGUCUAAUGUGGAGAGUAGGGAAUCUGCGCAAGAGCCACAUUGUAGAGGCCCAUGUCAGAGCACAGCUCAUCAAACCUCGGAUAACAGAUGAGGGGGAAUACAUCCCUCUAGACCAGAUAGACAUUAAUGUGGGCUUCGACAAAGGCUUGGACAGGAUUUUCUUGGUUUCACCUAUCACUAUUCUACACGAGAUAGAUGAGGAGAGCCCCCUUUUUGGGAUCAGCAAACAGGACUUGGAGAGCGCAGACUUUGAGAUUGUUGUCAUUUUGGAGGGAAUGGUUGAAGCAACUGCCAUGACCACCCAGGCUCGCAGCUCCUACUUGUCCUCUGAGAUCCUUUGGGGUCACCGGUUUGAGCCAGUCUUGUUUGAGGAAAAGAAUCUGUACAAGGUGGAUUACUCUCACUUUCACAAAACCUAUGAGGUACCGUCCACCCCCCGCUGCAGUGCCAAGGACAUGGUGGAAAACAAGUACCUAGUCCCCAGCUCUAAUUCCUUCUGCUAUGAAAACGAGCUGGCCUUUCUUAAUCGCGAUGAUGAGGAAGAGGAUGUAGGCGGUGGAGGUAGAGCACUGCCGAACCUCAGUCCAGACCGAAACAGCCGGCAUGAAUUUGAACGCAUACAGACCACCAGGGUGCUGGAUCAAAGGUCGUAUCGUAGAGAAUCAGAAAUAUGA